AUGGACGACCUUAUCAAAGCUAUUCACACGACCCCGAUCAUCGACAAUCAUGCUCACCCACUCCUCACCCCAGCAACCCAGUCCAAAUACCCUCUCCUCUCCAUCACCACCGAAGCUCAUGGCGAUGCCAUGCGAGCCACAACUUCUUCACUCUCUCACAUCCGUGCCGUGAACCAGCUCUCAUACGUUCUAGGAUGUCCUCCGACCUGGGAAGACGUCGUGAAAGCCAUCGACAUCGAAAAAGCCAAGCCUCACCACGUGUGGCAGAGACGCUGUUUGGAAGGCAUCGAAACCAUCCUCGUUGACGACGGCCUUGAUGGAGGAGACGAAGUUUAUGACUACAGCUGGCAUGAUAAGCUUGUCCGAAGUGAAUGCAAGCGUAUCGUGAGGAUCGAGAAGUUGGCGGAAGAGAUCAUCGAUGCCUUGCUCAAGCAGCCUGAUAUUGAGCCCGAAGAUGUGUUUGGGGCCUUGCGAGACGCCUUUGAGAUUGCUAUCCAGACGGCUAUCGAUGAUCCUGAGGUUGUGGGCUUCAAAUCUGUCAUCUGUUAUCGCACAGGGCUAGAUAUCUUGCCGUUGGUGAGCUCAUCGGCAGUGAGGGAUUCGUUUGUGGAUUACAUUGCUGGUUUGCAGGAUGCGGGGGUUACAGAGUUCAAGAGAGUUGAUGGGAUGCCGCUGAAUUCUUAUUUGGUAAACAAGGCAGCGCAGCUCAUCUCAUUGAGUCCCAAGCACAAGAAGCCGUUGCAAUUUCACACCGGGUUGGGAGAUAACGAUAUCACGCUCACCAGAUCAUCGCCCUCUCAUCUUCAGGGCUUCAUCAGGAGGUAUCCGACGGUUCCAAUUGUCCUUCUUCAUGCAAGCUAUCCCUGGACCAAAGAAGCGGGUUAUCUUGCAAGCGUCUAUGAGAAUGUCUACGCUGAUAUCGGAGAGGUAUUCCCAUUCGUCAGUAGGGAGGGCCAGGAGAAGGUAGUGCGGGAGAUCCUGGAGCUUUGCCCAACGGAAAAGAUCCUGUGGAGUACGGAUGGACAUUGGUUCCCGGAGACUUAUCUUCUUGCUGUGGUUCAAGUUCGGGAAGCUUUGGAAGUGGUGCUCACCGACUAUGUCCAAAGUGAGACUUUGACAGUUGCGCAGGCUGUAAGAGCAAUCGAAGACAUUUUCUUCAAAACGUCCAACGAUCUUUACAAUCUCCAUAUCCCCUUCAAGCCUCUCGUUAAUUCAACAAUCCCUCUUCCAGUUCGAUCAGCUACGAGAACUGAUGAGGACGCACUAACUUCAUUCUUAAACGAGUACACCUCCACGAAGUUUAUUCGUCUUCAAUACCUCGAUUAUACCUCCACGCCUCGAGUUCGUAUCAUCCCUGUCAAGAAAGCCCUCAGUAUUCUCGACAACAGUCCACACCUCUCAAUUGGCAUCACAAAAGCUUCACUUGGACUCUUACAAAACGACAUCAUCAUUCCGGCAGCUAGCGCAAUAGGCGAAUACAGACUUCAAGCUGACUUGUCAUCCCUCAGACCCGGCCCAUAUGAAGGAUAUGCGUUCGUGCAAGGCGAGUUCCACGAAUCAGAUGGUUCCAUUGCAGAUCUGUGCCCAAGAUCUCUCCUUCGUAGAACCCUCGUGGAGGCCGAAUCUCAGAAUCUCGAAUUCCUGGUGGGCUUUGAAAUCGAGAUUGUGUUCAUGUCCCGCUCCGAAGAUGGUGCUCUUCAACCACUCUCCAAUUCUGGAGGCCAUGCAUGGUCGUCGAAUCGAGCCCUCCACGGAAACAAAAUGCUUGACAUGCUCCAUCAAAUCUAUGAUAGCUUGGCUGUCUCUGGCAUUUAUCUGGAACAGUGGCAUCCAGAGGCAGCGCUUGGCCAAUACGAAUUCGUUCUGCCCCCUCUUCCGCCACUACAGGCCGCUGAUGCUCUUCUCCAUGCCAGAGAAAUUGUCAACACCGUGGUUGCAGGCUACUCAAUGCGAGCAACUUUAUACCCCAAGCCAUUCUCCGAUAUGGCCGGCACCGCAUCCCACAUCCAUAUCUCAAUCUCAUCGCCAGAUGGAGACAAGAAAGGGGUCUAUGAAUCGUUCUAUGCAGGGAUAUUGAAGCAUCUUCAAGCCAUCAUUGCAUUCACCUACUCCUCCCCCUCAAGCUACGACCGAAUGGCAGAUAGUUGCUGGGCUGGAGGACGAUGGGUGGCAUGGGGAACGCAGAAUCGUGAAACUGCCUUGCGCAAAAUCGAAGACUCGCACUUUGAGAUCAAAGUGGUUGAUGGGCUUGCCAAUGUCUAUUUCGCCUUGGCGGCUAUCAUUGCAGCCGGAACACAAGGUGUGAAGGAUAAGCUAGACCUGAUAUUGGGAGAUUGCCUGAAAGAUCCAGCUCAGCUGAGUGAUGACGAGAAGAAGACCCUUGGGGUCAAAGAUAUGCUGCCAAAGGAUCUCGAGUCAGCAUUGCAAGCUUUGGAGGAGGAUGGAGAGCUGACCAAGUUGAUGGGCAAGGAUCUUGUGGUGAGGUACAUCAAGGUCAAGAAAGCAGAGAUCGACUUGUUGAAUGGGAUGCGUGCUCCUGACAGGAAACAUUGGAUCAUGGAGAGGUAUUAG